UAUUAACAGAUAAUCCCGUUUGAGUAUAUGCAUAUCAUAGUUUACCCUAGAAAGAUGGGUUCGAAGACAAAGAUAGCGUUACUUAUCCCAGGUCUGUUGGUCAUGUUCAUUUUGAUUUCCCCAAAGGUGGCAAUGGCAGCUAGGAAUUUUGAAGAGGGCAAAUUUGUUAAAGAGACAAAUGAAGCGGGUGAUGGCAGAUUAGUAAAUGAUGUUAAAAUCCCAGACAUAGGUAAUAGAGGUUUUGGUGGCAUCACAGGCAUUGUCGGUAGCAUCCCAGGCACUGUCGGUAGCAUCCCAGUCAUUGGUGGUAUAACUCCAGAUAUUAUCGGUAUCAUCCCAGGUAUUAUCGGUGGCAUCACAGGUAUCAUCCCAGGUAUUGUCGGUGGUGGCAUCCCAGGUAAUAAUGGUUUCCUCCCAGGUAUCGGCGGUGGCAUCUCAGGUAUCGGUGGUGGCAUCUCAGGUAUCGGCGGUGGCAUCCCAGGUAUCGGCGGCGGUGGCAUCCCAGGUAUCGGCGGUGGCAUCCCAGGUAUCGGCGGUGGCAUCCGAGGCAUCAGAGGUGGCAUCCCAGGCAUCGGUGGUGGCAUCUAUGGUGGUGGCUAUCCCGGUCAAAGAGGAUACAGAGGAGGAUUGCGUUGCCCUUAUGGCUGUUGUGUUUGGACUGAUGGAUAUUGCUCAAGUUGCUGCACAAUCUGAGGAUUUCACCCACAAAUAAGAUAAGACAGUGUAGUUCUACUUUUUUUUUUUCUUUAAUCAGCCAAAUAAAUUUUAUAUAAUGUGCAGUUCUACGUACUUCAUAUUCUAUGAUUAAAAUUUCGUGUUGUGUGUGAGAGGCAUGAUGGAGGAGAAGGAGGCUUGUGUUUUCCUCUAACCUUUCUUAUCAUAUGGAUAUUUCACAAUUAAAUAAUUUGUAGUAUAGUGUUAUAAGUUUUACCGCAUACUGAAAUAUCAUGUAGUUUGUCACUUUACUUCUGUUCAUCUAUAUAUACUAUUAUAAGUUUGUCUUUUUU